UACUUGCAUGGUCAAAUACUAUUACGUUGGCAGCUCUACAGGCUCGCGCGUGACUAGCUGUCAAACAUGGGGGACGAACGACAACCCUUAUUACAUCAAGAAAACCAUGGUGGUGGCGGGCACCAGACGACCGUGUCGCCCAUCGGGCCGGAUGAACUGCCUCCACCUUAUACGGCUGCCUCGCAGGGAGGGGUGCCCAUGGUGACCUGCAGAGUUUGCCAGGCCAUGAUUGACAUCACCAACAAACGGGAUCAACACGUCGUCAAGUGCAGAGAGUGCAACGAAGCUACGCCCAUCCGAAACGCACCGCCAGGCAAAAAGUAUGUGCGCUGCCCGUGCAAUUGUCUGCUCAUAUGCAAGAGCUCCUCGCAGAGAAUCGCCUGUCCACGGCCCAACUGCAAGAGGAUCAUCAACCUGGCACCCAGCCCUGUGACCCCUCCAGUGCCAACCAUGCCAGGAAUGUGCCGCGUUACCUGCGGCCACUGCCAUGACACUUUCCUUUUUAAUACGCUUACAAAUGCUCUCGCAAGAUGUCCGCACUGCAGAAAAGUGUCUUCAGUGGGACCUGAUUUUGCGCGAGGUCGCGGCAUCAUGUUUGCAAUUGUUGGACUGAUUUUUAUUGCCCUCGGCAUUGGAGUUACAGUUGGAACGUAUCAGAUGGUUAGGACCAAUGGUGGAAUUUACGUAGCCUAUGUUGGUGCAUUCCUGGUUGGUGUUUUGGCGUUUGCACGCAGUGUGUACUACUGCACGAUGAAAGUUAGUCUCAUCGAAGGCCCAAUGUAACAGCCUUGGGCCCUUUUAGGCCGUUUUCCAUAUUGCAAAGCACAGUGUCAAUCGAGUCAGAACCAACAAGCAGGUAGUAAAUCUUAACCAUUAACACGGAAAUCAAAUCUGCGGUGCUGGGGCUGUUCCGUCACCUCUAUUACUUAUCAGCCAGCAGCCACAGCCGCGCACGUACGCACGCUGCAGCGUUGAUGAAAAACAAUAAGAUUGUACUGGAUCAAAUAAUACUUGGUGUUGAUUCAGUUGUCAUUGUUGUUGAGUAGGUGCUGUUAUAAUUUAGCCAUCGAAUCUCCCCUUUAACUCGAACAAAGCGAUUUUGAGCAGCUUUUCCGGACGAAAAUCUUCGAAUCUGAUGAAUAGUUUGUAUGUUACAUUCCGAUAUAUUUGAUUGCGGUUAUUUGGCUCGUCUCUACCCCUCAUCCUUCCACAUUUUGUAGCGUCUCUCUAACUCUCUUUGCUUGUGGGAAAUAAGAUCGUUUGACAAAUUGUACUUGAUAACAUGAAUACGCGAAAGUGCCGAAAGAUUCUCACGUUUUUGUAUGGCGCACUUGACUGUCUAUAGGAUCAUUCGUUUUAAAUUGACGCCUAGUGCGACUUUAUUUUCACUCACUGUGAGAGUUUUAUAUUCUGUGUAAAUUUUAGAACCAAAAUCCUGGAACGAGAACGCCUAUGUUAUCUGUUAUUUUUGUAUAUAUACAACAAUGAGAUGAAUGAUUUUUGUACAUACCAUAAUAUUAUAUGAUAAUUAAUUAGGAUGAAUUACGAUUAAGAGUCCUGUAUGAUCGUUAUAAUUAUAAUGAGAUAUCUAUCGCCAUUGCAGCCCCUAUCAUUUAACUAAGAAAGAUGUUGCUUUCGCCUUCAAUUCCAUUCAUUAUCUAAGCCUAUUUUAUAGUUGGAAAUAAAUCAAACCUUCAAAAUAAAGUAAAAAA